CAGCAGGCGGGGAGGGCCCACCACCAGCCGCCAUUCUCUCCUCGAUUUCCCUCCACCGUCGCCGCCAUGCCAUUCUCCCCUCCGUGCCUGGACCCCGCCGCCGCCGCCGCCGCCUCCCUCUCCUUCCUCCCCGCCGCCGCCGCGAGGCCACCGGCGCCAUGCGCGGUGGCGCCGCGCUCGCGCCGGGCGCUGAGGGUGGCGGCAUCCGUGGCCACGGCCCCGGAGUCGGCGGCCGCGCAGGGGCGGCUGGAGUCGCUGAGCCAGGUGGCCGGGGUGCUGGGCACGCAGUGGGGCGACGAGGGGAAGGGAAAGCUCGUCGACAUCCUCGCGCAGCGCUUCGACAUCGUCGCACGCUGCCAGGGUGGAGCUAAUGCUGGGCAUACUAUAUAUAAUUCAGAGGGAAAGAAGUUUUCAUUACAUCUUGUUCCAUCAGGUAUCCUCAAUGAGAAGACAAUGUGUGUAGUUGGUAAUGGAGCAGUAGUUCAUCUUCCUGGGUUCUUCAAAGAAAUUGAUGGGUUAGAAUCAAAUGGAAUUUCCUGUGAAGGAAGAAUUUUAGUAUCAGAUCGUGCCCAUCUUUUGUUUGACUUUCAUCAAACUGUUGACGGGCUCAGAGAGGUAGAGCUUGGAAAUUCCCUUAUAGGAACAACAAAGAGGGGAAUUGGGCCAUGCUAUUCAAACAAAGUUAUAAGGAAUGGACUUAGAGUCAGUGAUCUGCGGCAUAUGGAUACAUUUGGUGCUAAACUCAAUACCUUGCUGAGAGAUGCAGCUCUGCGCUUUGAAGGAUUUGAAUACAGUACCAAGACCCUUAAAGAGGAGGUUGAGAAGUACGAAAAGUUUGCCGAGCGUCUAGGACCUUAUAUUACUGAUACCGUGCACUUCAUGAAUCAAUCAAUCUUGCAGAAUAAGAAAAUAUUGGUUGAAGGUGGUCAAGCCACCAUGUUAGACAUUGACUUUGGUACUUACCCAUUUGUUACUUCCUCGAGUCCCUCAGCUGGUGGUAUUUGCACUGGCCUUGGUAUUGCUCCUAGAAGUAUCGGUGAUCUCAUUGGAGUGGUAAAAGCUUACACAACCAGGGUAGGUUCUGGCCCAUUCCCAACAGAGCUGUUGGGUAAGACUGGUGAUUUGCUCCGCGCUUCUGGAAUGGAGUUUGGGACAACGACAGGUCGACCGAGGCGCUGUGGCUGGCUUGAUAUAGUUGCACUCAAGUACUGCUGCCAAAUAAACGGUUUCUCAUCUUUAAAUCUGACCAAACUCGACGUGUUAACUGGCCUCAAGGAAGUAAAGCUGGGAAUUGCAUAUUGUACUGAAGAUGGUAAAGAAAUUGAAUCAUUCCCUGCAGACCUUGAUCUUCUGGAGAAAAUUAAGGUCAAAUAUGAGGUUCUACCUGGGUGGGAGGACGACAUUUCCUCUGUACGAAACUACAGCGAUCUCCCAGAGACUGCUCGUUUGUACGUGGAGAGGAUAGAAGAGCUGGUUGGUAUCCCAGUCCAUUACAUCGGCGUAGGACCAGGGCGUGAUGCUCUCAUAUACAAAUAGGGGGACUUCAGGAAGCACGUAUCCUAUCAAAUUCGUUGUUUAGGGCAAUACCAAUUUUGUUAUUCCCUAAUAAGAAAGACACUGGUUGAUUGGACUGUAUAAAGGCCUGGAGGGUGUAGGAAUUCCAAAAUCUUUUUUUGCCCUAACAAGAUUAAAUACGGUCCCCGCUGCUGUCCAAUGGAUAUUCUUUUUCUAGCUAUUGUCAAUAUAUUAGUGGAAUUUUGAGCACGAUAAAAUGAGAGCCGGAUAUGGGAGCUACCGGCUACAGUCAUAUUUAAGGCCAAUUAGAGGACGACUUACAUACAUCGAUGAUUUUUCCUAUCGACGUUCAUAGCUCAAACAAACACGAGUGCAAGUUCUUCACGUA